GAUCAGGCCAAAGACCAGUUUCAUGCUGGUUUCCCACUGGUUUCCGCUUUGCUAUCAUGGAGUACAGUGGAUUGUGAGCAUAGUGAGAAUAAGUGUUGUCCAAGGAAAGCUGGCUACGUCGCGGAUUUAAUCGUUUUUCGUAAUUAACAUCAAGCAGACUUCGCUACACGGUCGAGAAAGGACAAUUUUCUUCAUCCAAUGAACGGACGACGGCGUUAACCGAUAAUGGAAGGUCCGUUGGAAAUAAAGGACUCCGCCGUAGUCGCGGAGGAACCUAUCAAAUCGGAAGCACCCGUUCCGAACCCGGAGAGCAGCGAUCGGAGCGAUGGUGCCGUGUCGCCUCCGCCGAAUUGUAGCAUUUGUCUCGGCAAAUUAGUGAACACGUCGUUUACGGAUAGUUGCCUUCAUCAAUUUUGUUUCACUUGUCUACUCCAAUGGUCCAAGAUAAAGACCGAAUGCCCCUUGUGCAAGCAGACGUUCAAGUCUAUCAUACACAAUGUCAGAUCGGAAGAAGAUUAUGAUCAGUAUCACGUGGACAGAGAACUGGCCAGAUUGGACCUCAGCUACGACUUGGGUCAUGGCACGGAGACUGCAACCAGUCAUAGGUUCCGUUACAGGACGACGGUGACUGGGUAUCCCAGACGAUACCCGCACGUAAUGCCGGUAGUGCUUAAUCCGGAGCAAGUAGCGAGAAGGGAACAACUGCCAAGCAUAGCUCCGCAAGUUUCGAUGGCAGAACGUUUGCUUAGACGCGCCAGUCCGGGCGCCUACCGUCGAACGAUUUACAGACUUGGCAUUUGGGCUUCUCCGUUACCGGACGCGUUCGGCAGUUUCCGCGAAUGCAGCGUGGAUAUCUAUCGAAGAGAACCAGAAGAAUUGAGUCGCCUUAUACCGUGGUUGAAUAGAGAAUUACAAGUGCUACUUAAUAACAACUCUGCGUACGUUGCGUACGCAUUAACAGUUAUAUUGGAAUAUCUCGUUCAAUACGAUAUUAGAAGUCAGGAAUUCCGAGAUUUGCUGCGUCCUCACUUGGGUGAAUUUACCGACCAUUUCGUAUACGAGCUACUUAAUUUUGCUCGAAGCAACUUUGAUUUAGUCGGCUACGAUCAAUCCGUUACUUAUGUACCGCAAGGACUGUCGAACGAAUACGUGUCGAACGUCUUGUCGCCAACGUCCAGUAGCAGUAGUUUCGGUUCUGAUGAUCCGGACAUCCGAGUAGUCGACGAAGCGAUCGAUCUGCGAAUGAAUACGGAAAUACCUAGCGUGGGACCGCACACGAUCAACCUGCCUGGUCCAAGCACGGUGAGUCAAACGUUCCAGUUGAACGUGACGCGGAUUGCGGUACCGGACGUGUUAACGAUCUCAUCCGACUUCUCCUCAUCGGACAAUGAUUGCGAGGUGAUCGGUUACGUGAAGCCUCGUCAUGAAAGAACGCCAGAGAUCAUAGAGUUAGUUUCGUCCGAUCCGGAGGAAAUAGACAUUUCUCAUAUACCGAACGAUACCAUCGAGGUUUUGUCGAGUUCAUUGCACGAGGAUGAUAUUCAGCCGAGUACAUCGAACCAUAAUAGCAGCGGUAUCAAGAAACGAGUUUCAAUUUCAUCAUCCAGUGAAAGCGAUUCGGAUUCGGACAGCGAUUACGUUUGUAAAAAAAGUAGAGCUGCGUAUGGGAGUCGCAGUCGGAAACGCGCGAAGAGGAUGAGCACUAGGAGGCGAAAUGGUUCGAUGGAAACUCGAAUUCGCAUUCGGACCACUAGAAACGUGUCCAGUUCCAGGGAAAACGAUUUGAGAAAAAGGGGAAGUAAGAGAAAUACUCAACGAGCGGCAAAGAGACGAUCAAGCAGCAGCAGCAGCACUAGUAGCACAAUCAGCACCACUACCACAACCACCACCUCCAGCGACAGCGAUUCCGAAGCGAAGCACGUGAACGAGAAGAAAUCGAAAGGUUCGCGAUACUCGAAGAGAACUAGCGCGAAAGGACGCUCUCACAAGGAUUCAAUCAAGAAGGAAGCUCGUUACUCCGACAUUUCGUUAACGAACGUCAGUAGCAGCGAAUCCGAUGAGAUCGGUAAAAACGUAAAGCAGUCUCGCAUCAUGCGUAGAUCUGAGAGAAGAUAUCUGACUAGUUCGAGCGACCUCGAUACAGUCAGACAAGAAAGGGUAACUUGUACCGGAACAAAAGCUAAGAAGCAACAAGUUUCGGACACGAAGGAUUCGUCAUUUUAUCGAUCCGCGUCUAGGAGCAGCAGCGCGUCUUCGUACGCAUCGCAGAAAGAUAAGAAGGUAAACUCUAGACGACGGGCCCCUCAACGAGACGCGAGCAACGACAACGAACUCGAUAAAAGUAAUUGGCCGUCUAAAGAUGUUUCGCGAAAGGAUCAUGAGUCGAAAUACAAGACGAAAAAUAUAACUUGGAGUAGUUCGGAGGAUGAUUUCAGGUCGCGUAGUCAAUGCAGUAAUUACUCGAGUAAAUCUUACACGUACAAAAAGAAAUCGAAGCACAAGGAUAAACGUAAGAGCAAGAAAAGGAAACGAUCUACGAGCAGAUCUCGUGGCUCUUCGAACAAGUCGCGAUCAACGCGACGACAUCCUGGUUGAGGUUUGAGUGGUGUCGCAUCGAAACAUUCCCAUUCGAGAAACGAAAUUUAUAUCGAGUUAGAAGGAAAAAGUCUCAGGGUAAUAUCACCGAAUCAAAAUUGAUGAAAUUGACUACGAUGCGUUCGAGUAUUAAAUACUUCGAAUCCGGAACGAUCAAUGUUCCAGUUGCCGUUAUUUACUUGUAAAUUACUGAUUUACUAUUUUCACGUUUUAUUCAUAUGAUGUAGCGUUACAGUGAAAAUAUUCGGGUACAAUGAAUUUAAAUUAGCUUUGACGAUUUAUAUACAUGUUGAUUUAUUAAUUGAUUUAUUAUUAGGCGAGAUUUAUUAGUUGAUAUAGUAGUAGGUGAGAGAGUAAAGAAGUUACAAGUAAAAAUUCAUCGCGAAA